AUGUUUAACUUUGAUGGCUAUCUUUCUUCUUUCCACUCGUUCCACAAUCUCUUUGAAUUUGUUAUUAGUUAUUACUCUUUCACAACACUAUUUUUCCCAUUACCCAUUUUCAGAUUUUCAAGUUUGAACCCCCCACCAUCAACGAUUCAACAUCAACAUCUUUUUCUUGGUCUCUCACUUACGUUUACCCAGUCAAACCUCCCCUGUAUAUUACCGAUCAAAGUUAAACCCCAAGAUGAUAUUCUCACUUCCCUCACAUUUUAUCAAUUUCGGCAUACCCACCUGACCAAUUAUUUUGCUUCACAUCUUUGCAUUGAUUAUAAAGUCAAAUACCAAGUUCCCAAUAGCUGUCUCAGCCUCAUUCUGUUUUUAGUUGACCAAUCUAUUUCAUUGCCAAGCCUUCCUUUGGUGUUGAACAACAAGACAAUAUUAAGUGCCUAUAUUCAUUGGGUAUCCUUCAAAUUUUGAUCUUGAGUUCUGUUAUUGUCGUUGGGUUUACUUCUUCUUAGUCAGUGUAGUUGUUGUUCAACUUCAAUCUGCUAAAUCAGCCUAAUUCAAGUUCUUGAUUGCAUAUUUUGACACAUAAAAGAGUGUCCCAUACAAUUCUAGCUUUAUAAGUAUUGAAAGAUUUGUUGUUCUAUGGAGAAGCAUGCUGCAUAUGCUCAAACAUACUCGUUUGGAGGCUCAAACCAUGGUCAGGGUCAACAAGCUGUGCCAUUUCAGACCAACAAGAGUUCCCUUAAGGUUUUGCUGUUACAUGGGAACUUAGAUAUCUGGGUAAAGGAGGCCAAAAACCUUCCUAACUUGGAUUUGUUUCAUAAAAAGUUAGGAGAAAUGUUUUCCAUAUUGCCCGGGAAGGUUAACAACAAAAUUGAGGGGCAUAUGUCUGAUAAGAUAACAAGUGAUCCUUAUGUCACAGUCUCAGUAUCAGGUGCUGUAAUUGGGAGGACAUUUGUGAUUAGUAAUAGUGAGAACCCAGUUUGGAGGCAGAAUUUUAAUGUUCCUGUUGCACAUGAUGCUGCAGAAGUGCAUUUUGUUGUCAAAGACAGUGAUAUUGUUGGCUCACAGGUUAUGGGUGUUGUGGGAAUUCCAGUGGAGCAAUUAUAUUCUGGCAUGAAAAUUGAGGGAACCUUCCCAAUUCUUAAUGCCAGUGGGAAGCCCUGCAAGGCUGGAGCUAUCUUGAGUUUAUCAAUUCAGUACACCCCAGUGGAUAAAGUGAACAUUUAUCAUGGAGUAGAUUCAAGUCCUCAUUCCCAAGGGGUCCCUGGUACCUACUUUCCACUUAGGAAAAGCGGAAAAGUGACACUAUAUCAAGAUGCCCAUGUUCAUGAUGGUUGCCUUCCCAGUUUGAAGCUUCAUGGUGAUGUUCAGUAUGAGCACAGGAGUUGUUGGCAUGAUAUCUUUGAAGCAAUAAGUCAGGCCCGUCGUUUGAUAUACAUUGCAGGGUGGUCGGUGUACCACAAGGUUCAACUGAUUCGAGAUGGUAAUAAUGCAACAGAUUGCAUGUUGGGGGAUCUUCUCAAAAUCAAGUCACAAGAAGGUGUAAGAGUACUGCUCCUUGUAUGGGAUGAUCCUACCUCUAGGAGCAUUUUGGGAUUAAAAACAGAAGGCAUCAUGAAUACCAAAGAUGAGGAGACUCGCCAUUUUUUUAAGCACUCUUCAGUGCAAGUUCUACUCUGCCCCCGAUCUGCUGGAAAAGGACAUAGCUGGAUCAAAAAGCAGGAAGUUGGAACAAUCUAUACCCAUCAUCAGAAAACAGUGAUUGUGGAUGCGGAUGCAGGUCACAAUAAACGAAAGAUCAUGGCAUUUGUUGGAGGUCUUGAUUUAUGCAGGGGCCGAUAUGAUACUCCUAAACAUCCUCUUUUUAGGACUUUAGAAACAGUGCACAAAGAUGACUAUCGUAACACCAACUUCACGGAGCCUCUUGUUGGCUGUCCAAGAGAACCGUGGCAUGAUUUGCAUUGUCGUAUUGAUGGUCCAGCUGCAUAUGACAUCCUUACCAAUUUUGAGGAGCGUUGGCAGAAGGCAUCACAACCUCACGGGCUUGGAAAGCUAAAAGCAUCAUCACAUGAUGAUGCCCUACUUAAGAUCGAAAGAAUUCCAGACAUCAUUGGGAUAGCAGAGUUUCCUUGCCAAACUCAGAAUGAUCCAGGGGGUUGGCAUGUACAGGUUUUUCGUUCAAUUGAUUCCAAUUCUGUGAAAGGAUUUCCCGAGGACCCAAAAGAUGCUAUGAGCAUGAAUCUCUUAUGUGGGAAGAAUGUACUGAUAGACAUGAGCAUACAUACAGCAUAUGUGAAGGCAAUCCGUGCUGCCCAAAAAUUCAUUUAUAUUGAGAACCAGUACUUCCUUGGGUCAUCAUACAAUUGGGAUUCUCACAAAGACUUAGGUGCCAAUAAUUUAAUACCGAUGGAAAUUGCUCUCAAAAUUGUUAACAAAAUAAAAGCGAAUCAGAGGUUCUCUGCAUAUAUCAUUAUGCCAAUGUGGCCAGAAGGUGUUCCUACAAGCACUCCCAUUCAGCGGAUUCUCUAUUGGCAGCAUAAAACAAUGCAGAUGAUGUAUGAAAUGAUUUACAAUGCGUUAAAGGAGGUUGGACUUGAGAACAAAUAUGAGCCACAAGACUAUUUGAAUUUCUUCUGCCUGGGCAAUCGUGAGGCACCAGAUACGGAAGACAGUUCAGGUGCAAGAAAUUCCCCUGCAGUAAAGACUCCUCAAGUACUUACUCAGAAGAGUAGGCGUUUUAUGGUUUAUGUCCACUCUAAGGGAAUGAUAGUGGAUGAUGAGUAUGUGAUACUAGGAUCUGCAAAUAUAAAUCAGCGGUCCAUGGAAGGCACCAGAGACACUGAAAUUGCAAUGGGUGCAUAUCAGCCUUAUCAUACCUGGGCAAGCAAACGUUCUAGUCCACAUGGACAGAUAUAUGGAUAUAGAGUAUCAUUAUGGGCAGAGCACAUUGGAGCUCUCGAAGGAUGUUUCAAGCACCCAGAGAGCCUCGAAUGUGUGAGGCGGGUAAAGUCCUUGAGCGAGCUCAACUGGAGACAAUAUGUAGCUGAUGAGGUAACAGAAAUGAAGGGUCACCUAUUAAAGUAUCCACUCGAAGUUGAUCGAACGGGCAAGGUGAAGCCUCUUCCUGGCUGUGCAACAUUCCCAGACGUAGGAGGAACUAUAACUGGGACAUUUACAGUCAUUAAAGAAAACCUCACUAUCUGAUCCACUUCAAUGAUACCUAAUCCCAGAAUUGUUGACAAUUUAAACCAAUUAUGUUCCCAAUGAAGAGAGUAUAUAAAUAUAUGCUUCUGCUCUAUGUUUGGCAAA